AUGUUGGCUAAAGUACCAGCCGGCGGAGUUAAAACUCGUAAAGGUUGCCGUACUAUGAAAGGGGAUACAAAGAAGGUUAAGCGGCUUUUGGUGCGCCGCAAUAACAUCAUUGGUUCGGCUAAAUUGAUAAAGGAGUAUGACGCUAAUUUCGUGUUCGAGCGAGACUUUCCGCAAAUCAAAUUUCGCAUCGAAAAGCUUGAUUCACUUUGGGACGAAUUUAAUGAAAUCCAAGCUGAAAUCGAAUGUGAACACGAGAUCAGUGACGAGCUCGCUGAUGAGCGUGUCGAGUUUGAAACAAUAUAUUUCGAGUUAAAAGGAUCCCUGUCGAAUAAACUAGCAGCAGUUACAGAUGUAUCCUCCCCCCUACCAACCUCGCCUACUGCUCCACCUACUCAAACGUUUGGUGUCCGAUUGCCUGAGAUCAAAAUCCCAGAAUUCAAGGGCGACUUUGAUGAAUGGAUGAAUUUCCAUGACUUGUUCUAUACUCUCAUACACAGUAACACUCAGUUGUCGCCAAUACAAAAAUUUCAAUACUUGAAAGCUGUUCUGAAGGGAGAUGCUCUUCGUUUGGUACAGUCACUGGCUGUGAGCUCAGCCAAUUAUAUGAUUGCAUGGGAUUUGCUCAAAAAACGAUUUGAUAACAAACAUUAUCUGAUCAAACAACAUCUAUCUGCACUUCUCUCCUCUCCAUCUCUCAAAAGAGAGUCUUCGUCUGCGCUUUCGGAUUUGGCGGACACGUUCGAAAAACAUCUUAGCAUGUUAAACAAAUUAGAAGACCCACAGGAUCAUUGGAACUCCUUUUUGGUUGAGCUAUUGAGCAGUCGGCUCGAUGCUGUGUCACAAAAGGAGUGGGAAAAUCAUUUGGAUGAUGAUUCUCGACCAACCUAUAAUGAUUUGAUCAAAUUUAUACACAAACGCUCUCGAAUUCUCCAAUCACUAACGCUCUCCCAGUCGUCAAAUGCAAGCGGCAAGCCAGAACCAAAGUAUCAUCGAAUAAAUGUAUCAUCUCAUCCUGUCAUAGCAAAUGAAGAUGCUAAAGCGUGUGCAGCUUGCCACAGAGGCACACACGCUCUCAGUGGCUGUGAGAGUUUCGUCAAGCUCUCGCCAAAAUUACGUUUCAACUUGGUGAAGAGGCACGGGUUCUGCUUGAACUGCUUAAAACCUUCACAUUUAUUGAAAGAUUGUACCUCUGCUGGAUCAUGUCGAAUAUGCAACAAACGUCAUAAUACCAUGUUGCAUUUAAACACUUCUGCCGCGCUGACUGUUCAAGUAGCUGAUAGCACAACUAGCACUAAUACCCUUGCUCAAACUCGAUCAUCCUCACAAUCGGCUGCGGUCGUCGAGUCGUCGUUGUCGGUAGAUCCGUGCAUUGUCGAUCAAGCGCACGGCAUCCCUCGGUUAAUGGGACGCGAUCGCUCGUCGUCGGGGGGCCAAAAUAAAUCGAUUUCGUUUAUUCCGUCGUCGCCGGGACCGUCAGGCUCGGCUCAUGGUUCUUCACACACUACUAGCUAUCCAGUCAUGACUAUGAAAAAGACUAACACAACUGUCUUUAUGUUGACAGUCUAUGUCAAGGUUCGUGAUAUCAAUGGAACCUAUAUUCUCGCUCGUGCUCUACUAGACUCUGCAUCUGAGCGCAAUUUCGUAACCGAAAAUCUCGCACAAAGGCUACGAUUAAAGCGCACAGUAUCGGAAAUUGAUGUAUAUGGAAUUGGAAAUAGUAUUCAACGUGUAACCCAGUCGGUUACGAUCAAUCUUGCCUCAAGAGUGAACCAAUUCAACGCAAAUAUCGAAUUUUUAAUCCUUCCCAGUCUGACGAGAAUUCUGCCGUCUGUUGAUGUGGAUGUUUCUAAGUGGAAAAUCCCGAAGGACCUGCCGUUGGCCGAUCCAACCUUCCAUCUCGCUCACGGUAUAGACAUGAUAAUUGGUAUCCAGUGGUUUUUCUCGUUAUUGGAAAACGAUCAAAUUAGUCUUGGGCCACAAUUACCUAUUCUACACAAAACAGUGUUUGGCUACGCUGUUGCUGGUGAUCACACACAGCGUAGUCCGAUUAGAACGGCAGUCUGCAAUGCUGCAAUGACGGUCGACAAAUUAACGGCAGCCGUGCAAAGGUUUUGGGAAGUAGAAAGUUUUGACGGAGGAAAAUCAUUUUCACUGGAUGAGCAAUACUGUGAGAACCAUUUUCGCAAGACUCACUCAAGAGCACCUGACGGUCGAUAUGUCGUUCGAUUGCCGAUUCAUGAGGAAUUGUUAUCGACUAUGGGUGAGUCGUUACCGAUCGCUGAAAGAAGAUUUCAUUCACUCGAGAGAAAGCUAUCGGCUAGCACUCAGCUUCAUUCAGAUUACCACCAAUUCAUGUCUGAAUAUCAAGCGUUGGGACACAUGGAGGAAGUGUCACCGAACCUCUCAUUGCCGCAUUUUUACCUCCCACACCAUGCAAUUUUUCGACCGGACAGUAAAACAACUAAAAUUAGAGUUGUUUUUGAUGGAUCUUGUCGAUCAUCAAAUCGCCUCUCCCUGAAUGACUUAUGCUACGUAGGCCCUACAGUACAACCUACACUCAUCUCCAUAAUUCUCAAUUUUCGAUUACCAAAAUAUGUCAUCACAGCUGACAUCGAAAAGAUGUACAGGCAAAUUGUUGUACAUCAGCAGGACCGACCGUUGCAACAGAUUAUCUGGAGGAAUAAUCCAACGGACCGUUUACAAACCUAUCAGCUCAGAACUGUGACGUAUGGCACCGCCUGCGCUCCAUUCCUGGCCACACGAGUUCUGAAUCAACUUGCAGACGACGAAGUAGAUAACUACCCUCUAGCCUCGCGCGUCUUGAAACGCGCUUUUUAUGUGGAUGAUUGUUUGACCGGAGAUGACGACAAGGAUCGGCUUAGUGAAACAUGUAAACAGCUUAAUGAUCUACUUCAUGCAGGAGGUUUUGUACUACGAAAAUGGAGCUCCAGCGAUCCCGAAAUUCUACGGCACAUUCCCGAGGCACUUCAUGACCAACAAGAUAAUCUCGAAAUUGACAAAUCAUGCAUCGUGAAAACACUUGGCUUACUGUGGCAUCCGCAAUCUGAUUCUUUUGGUUUCAAAGUUCCUGUACUGAUUGAUUCGAAUCCAGUUACUAAACGCAUUGUGCUAUCCGAAAUGUCCCGUUUGUUUGAUCCGAUGGGACUUGUCGGGGCGGUCAUUGUCUCUGUGAAAAUCUUUUUGCAAUCACUAUGGUUAAACAAAUUCCAGUGGGAUGAACAGCUUCCACAAGCCUUUCAGACGUGGUGGAAAAUGUUUCGAGAGGAAAUGCAGGAGCUGAGCAAUCUCCGAAUCCCUCGGCAUGUAAUGUUAACCGGUUAUACUGAUCUUCAACUGCACUGUUUUUCAGAUGCUUCCGAUAGAGCAUACGGAUGCUGCAUUUAUGUUACAUCAUCAAAUCGCGAUGGAACUACCACAACGAAUCUUCUCAUGUCAAAGUCAAAGGUUUGUCCUCCCGACAAGCUUACGAUACCUCGUCUAGAACUGUGCGGAGCGGUCAUGGCAUCAAAGCUAGCUGACUGUAUACGAGGCUCUACUAAUAUUCAUUGCCCCAUCACCUUUUGGACGGACUCAAGCAUUGUGUUGCAUUGGCUAGCCACAUCAUCCGCGCCGUGGAAGGUUUUCGUUAGCAAUAGAAUUGCUGAAAUACACCGCUUGACAAGAGGCUCUAUGUGGCGUCAUGUUCCAACUGAAAUGAACCCUGCAGACCAUAUUUCUCGUGGAGUACUCCCAUCUCGUAUAAUUAACGAAGAACUCUGGUGGCACGGUCCCUCUUAUCUAAACAAUGAUUCAAGCUGUUGGCCACAAAACAUUGUGGAGCUUUCGCCGUUGCAUUUGCAAGCUCGAGAGGAAGAAAGCAAAGAGAUCGUAUCACUUGUCGUCGUUUCUCAGCCUUCAAUGCUUUCAUUUGUUGCUGCUCAUUCAACUCUAGUCCCAUUACAACGCAAGAUUGCUUGGAUACUAAGAUUUAUACACAAUUGUCGCACCAAGCAUCGUUUGCAAGGUCCCCUUUCGCCAGCUGAGCUGGAUAAUUCUCUGAAUUUACUUGUCAAGCAAGCGCAAGAAGAAUGUUUUGCCGCUGAAAUCCGCUUCUUGAAACUGCAUAAUGGACCAUCAAAUAAGAACUUCAAUUUCAAAUCGCACUUGAAAACUCGGAAUCCCUUUCUAGAUGAGCAGGGCCUACUAAGGCUGUAUGGCCGCCUGUGUAAUAAUGAAAUUCCGUUCGACACUCGAUAUCCUAUCGUUCUACCACAGAAUCAUCACCUAACUACUUUAAUUGCCACCAACGUGCACAUUAAAACACUCCACUCAGGCCCACAACUGCUACUGUCUAUACUGCGUCAAAGGUUCUGGCCUGUUAGAGGAAGAGAUUUAGCACGAAAUAUCGUAAAGAAGUGCUUGACAUGUUUUCAUUGCAAGCCAUCGAGUAUCACUCAAAUUAUGGGACCGCUACCAGCAGCUAGAGUGACUCCGUCGCGCGCGUUUCUGAAGUCCGGCGUGGACUAUUGUGGGCCAUUUUUCGUCCGUCCGCCCAGUCGCCGCGGAACGUCGGUUAAAAUAUUCGUCGCGAUUUUCGUGUGCAUGGCCUCCAAAGCGGUCCAUAUCGAAGUGGUAUACGGUUUAUCGUCGGCGUCGUUCAUUAACGUUCUUAAGCGGUUCACCUCGCGUCGCGGGCGAGUACUAGAUUUGUACUGCGAUAAUGCUCGCACGUUUGUCGGAGCCAACCGACUUCUUCAGGAGCAUAAACAACAAUUUGACGAAAUGCAUUCUUCACAUCCCACGGCCAUCUUUUGCAGCGAGACUGGCAUACGAUUUCACUUCAACCCAGCUCGAUCGCCCCACUUCGGGGGAUUGUGGGAGUCGGCUGUCAAAAUCUACAAACAUCACUUGUACCGCAUUAUGAGGGAUACGCAAUUAACCAUCGAUGAUUUCAACACCCUUACGACGCAAAUCGAAGGAAUGAUGAAUUCGCGACCCCUCACACCGUUAUCGUCGGAUCCUGCUGACGUCGUCGCAUUGACUCCAGGACACUUUCUUGUGGGAGAACCCUUAUACUCUAUUCCAGAACCAGAUUUGAGCGACAUUUCUGUUAAUCGCUUAAAUUCUUUUCAGAAGAUGCAACAAAAGGUUCAACAGUUUUGGAAGGUUUGGUCUCGUGACUACAUUGGACAGCUUCAAAACAGACAACGUUGGCCUAUGGUGCAACCAGACAUCAAGGUGGGAACACUCGUUUUGCUGAAAAAGGACUCCACUCCUCCUAUGCGAUGGAAUCUCGCACGAGUCGAUCAGACAUUUCCUGGGCGAGACGGCCACGUGAGAGUGGUUGAUGUUCGGACUUCAAACGGCGUGUAUCGACGGGCGGUCACCGAAAUCUGCCCACUCCCAAUAGAUGAUGAACCAGCACAACAACCGCAAUCUGAGACGUCACAAUCUUCACCACCAAUGUAA